CACUAUCUCCGUCCGGAUUCCGGAGUAGUCAGAGAGCCGCCUACUACUGGUCAGUCUUCUCGCUCCUCCACCGAAAUCACCAUGCCGCACGCCCACGCCGCCGCCGUCGUAGAUCGGCUGCUACGCCGGCUCGCCUCCGACGCUCGCCGACUAGAGCUGCCGCCCCACAUAGACGAUGACCUGGAGCAUGUGGGCCGAACUCUGUCGAGGUUGCAAGAUGUGCUGGUUAGCCUGGAGGCCCGUUCCGGGGCGCAGGAGUGGAUGGGAGAAAUCAAGCAGGUCGCGUACGAUGUGGAGGAUCUGCUGGAUGAAUUUGAAGUUGAAGACCACAGUAGCAUCAAAUCUCAGACGAGCGGCUGCAUUUCUGAGGCAGCACCAUUGUGUCGUGCAUGUUCAUUUCUCCUGCUUAGUCCUAGCACAAAUAGAAUGAAAACUAUCAGAAGAAGGUUGGACUUUUCAGAAAAAGAUUCCAUCAUUUUCAGUUCGAUGCAGUACUCUUGUCCUGAUGUUGAGAAAUUUGAUAAUGGAGUAUUUGAUACAUCUGCGAUCGUUGGAAGAGAUAACGACAAAGCAAAGAUAAAGGACAUGCUCUUGCAGAGUAAUGAAGAAAAAUUGUCAGUCAUUCCUAUUGUUGGCCUGGUGGGGUUGGGGAAAACAACUCUUGCUAGAUUAAUUUUCCUUGAUCAGGAAGAAGGAUUGAAUUUUGAUUGUCGUAUAUGGAUAUUCUUAAAUAGAAAACUAGACCUAAUAAAGGUUGCUAGUGAUAUAAUCUCGCAAUGUAAUCAUAAAGAAGGAAACCUCUUAGAUGUUCAUACAGAUAUCGAGAUCCAGGGAAACUUGCAGUUGCUUAAGAAUUCUCUUCAAGAGGCACUUCGUGAAAAGCGAUGUCUAAUUGUCUUGGAUGACCUUUCUAGCACAGAUAAAAGCCAGUUGGAUGAAUUGAAGGAAAUGCUGAAGGGUACAAAUGAGUGCGUCAAGGUUUUAGUGACCACCUCAAGUGAAAUAACUGCAGAACUAGUGCACACCAUCCCACCAUACAAGUUGCGUCCUUUAUCUGAAGAUGACAGCUGGACAAUAUUUUCUCAAAAGGCUUUUGGGAAUUCGAACAGUAAUAAUGCACACCUUUUGGAAGUCGGGAAGGAAAUAAUGAAAAGGUGUGAGGGAGUACCACUAUUAACACAUUUUCUUAGUUCAAUUGUACAUAAUCAAGACACGGAUAUGUGGUUAGCUGCAAAGGAUGAAGAAAUAUGGAAAUUAGAAAGAAGACUUGCCACUAAAGUAGAAUUGUUUUCACCAUUAUAUCGCAUAUACUAUGAAUUCCCCUCAAUAACUAAAUUGUGCUUUCUAUAUUUAUCGAUAUUUCCUAAGGGAUCUGCUAUAGAUAAGGAAAAGCUUAUCCGACAGUGGAUUGCUCUUGAGAUUAUUGGAUCAAAACAUGACUCCUUUCCUCCUUAUGUGCAUGGGGAGAUGUGCAUUCAAGACCUUUUGUCAACGCAUUUUCUCCAAGUUCAAAAUAUGCACUCAGUUGAUGGCAUGGACAAUGGAAUAAUUCCUGCAUCACUCUACAUUCAUAACUUUGUCCAUGAAUUUGCAAGACAUGUUGCUUGUGAUGAUAUUAUAGUUUUGGAUGGUAGUGAAAUGCAAAAGGUCAGUGGAAAAGGGCAAACCUUCCAAUAUGCACUGUUGACAUGUUACAGAGGGCAAUCAACACUUUCCCAUUCACUGCUGACCAGGACAAGGGCACUACAUCUUAGGAACUCAGAGUCUAUAACGAUUCCUAGUGAAGCAUUUGAAUUACUUAAGCACUUGCGUGUUUUAAAUCUUAGUGGAUGUUGCAUUGGAGAAUUACCAGCCUCUGUCAGUCAUUUAAAGCAUCUAAAAUAUCUUGAUGUCUCUGGUAUGCAGAUUCAAACAUUGCCUUCCUCAAUGAGUAGGCUGACAAACCUUGAGUUACUGGAUCUAUCAAAAACUUUUCUCAAGGAAUUACCCUCUUUCAUUGGUAAUUUCCAAAAUCUAAAAUAUUUAAACAUGCAUGGCUGUGACAAACUUCAAAAUCUGCCUUCAUCCCUUGGUCAUCUACAAAGACUGCAGCAUCUUCGGUUGUCAUGCUGCAAUGUUAUUGCUGAGCUACCUGACUCCAUGUGCAAUCUUCAUGAUCUUCGAAUUUUGGAUAUAUCUAAAUGCACUGAGCUGCAACACUUACCUCCUUUAUUUGGUAACUUAGUCAACUUGGAGGAUGUAAGACUAUCUAGUUGCUUCAACCUUAAGCAGUUACCAGAAUCAUUUGGUAAUCUUUAUUUUCUUAGGUUCCUGGAUCUAUCAAGCUGCUAUGAACUUCAGCAGUUGCCUGACUCUUUUACUAACCUGGACAAGUUGGAAGUUCUUUUACUCCGGAGAUGUUGCAGACUUCAAAAUCUCCCUCCCUCAUUUGCAUCAAUUAAGUACCUCAGAAUUUUGGAUCUGGCUGGCUGUGAAGCACUUCAUGUAAGCACUGAGAUGUUAACAACCAAUCUGGAACAUCUGAACCUACAACGGUGUCUAAGUCUGCAGAUUCAGCCAUACUACUUUGAAAACUUCAAUAAGUUGAAGUUUCUGAAUCUCUCCCAGUGCCUCCCUACCAGUGAUUGCCUAAAAACUGUCAGUUAUUUGUUCAACUUAGAAUAUCUAAAGCUAUCUGAAAAUUUCCUUGACAUACCUAUUUCUUUCUUAAUGCUUCAGAAGCUGCACACAUUGGACCUCACUGAUUGUGCUCCAAUACAUCAAUCCUCUAAUGUACAUCAAAUAUGGCCAGAUAUAAUAGGAAAAAUUACAGGGCUCAGAUUUGUGUUGACAAAAGAUCCAGUGUUAGUGGCCUCUCUUCCGGAACCUAUACGGUGCUCCGUUGGCUAUGAUGAACAGUCACCCAUAAAUACUGAUGAGCUUGUUAUUUCAGACACCACAGGGGAUUCCAGAGGCCUUAGUAUCGCUAAGAUGCUGAACCUGCAGAAUAGAUUGGAGCUUCGUUUCCUUAAGCUGGAGUGGGUCCUUACUUCUCAGUCAGCUGCAGAUGAAUUAAUUGAAUAUGUAAAUGAAGAGGAAGUGCUGGAAAAACUCCAACCAAACCAGACAUUAGAGCAAUUUGAGCUAGUUAGAUAUAUGGGUUGUGCAUUUCCUACAUGGAUGAUGAACACACCGAUGACUUCACUCCCAUACCUUGUCAAUCUUCGUUUGUUCCACCUACAUAACUGCAUUGCUCUGCCUCCACUUGGCUGUCUAAAAAAUUUGCGCUACUUGCAUAUUAAAGAUAUGCCCAACCUCUUAUAUCUAGAGAUGGGUCUUUCUGGGGGGCCAGAAUUCUUCGGGAAAUUAACUCACCUGAAAUUGGAAACACUGAAUUUAAAAGAGCUGCCUAUACUGUUGUCUGCCAGCAAGGAGAAUCCCUGUUUCAUGUUUCCUGCUCUUGAGGAAUUAUCCAUUCUAUCUUGCUCUAAUCUUAUAUUCAAACCAUCUAUGCCAAAGUGUGCCAAAUAUGUAAUAAAAGAAAGUAACAUGGUUCUGCAAUGUGGACAACUUUUGGGGCCAUUGUCAUCUCCAUCACCAGCAAAAAUAGAGAUAAGUGGGUGUAUCAUACCUUCCGAUCUGUUACAAUGGUUUAAAUCCAUGGAGACUCCUGAGGAAGUAGUAAUAGAUGGUGAAGCACUUACAUCUUUUGAGACCCUGGAGAUACAGGGCACUCAAGAACUGUCUGGUAGUAUGAUUCCAACUGAAAGUGACGGUGCCCCUAAAUAUACUGUUAUUGACAGCUCAAGAACAGUGAAAGCUUCUCCAAGGUUUGGCACGACUUCUGAACAAUCAGUGGGUCCUAUUUCAUCCUCUAAAGUAAGCAUGGCAUCCAAGGAGAUCCUGUCAACUUUACAUAGGCUGGACAAGUCAGAAAUGUCUGCACAAAUGCGUGGAGAUGUAUUUUUAAACUUAAGCCUUAGGCAGGUUCGGAAGGCUACUCGGAAUUUUUCACCUUUAUUAAAGCUAGGUGAAGGAGGAAUCUGGGCAGUCUACAGGGCUGUAUUACCUGAUAACUUGAUUGUUACCAUCCGGAGAGCUAAAAAGGGUCACAUUCAAGAGGCAAAAUGUCUCAUGAAAGUGAAGCUCCUUACAGAAAUUAGUCACUGGAGUCUGGUGAGGUUCCUAGGUUUUAUUGAUAAAGGAAAUGAGUGUAUUAGGAUAACAGAAUAUGUUCCGAAUGGCACUCUCAGACAACACCUACAUGACCAACAUAAGAGAAUCCUGGAUUUCAAUCAACGCAUAGUGAUUGCCCUUGAUGUUGCUAUUGCAUUGACUUACCUUCAUUUAUGUUUUGGGCAAGCUGUAAUCUGUUACAAUUUGAAGACAUCAAACAUCCUACUGACGGAGAGCUACAGAGCAAAAGUAUGCUGUUCUGAACUGUCAGGAAUUGGACAUGUUAUGGCACUUACGGGGACAGUGGGCUACAUUGAUCCAGAGUACUUCCAGACAUCUGAGCUCACUGCUAAAUCUGAUGUCUACUCUUUUGGAAUUUUACUUUUGGAAAUCCUAUCUUCUCACGGGCCACAAGACUGGAACGUAUUGAUGAACCACCAGCAGAGCAGUGUUGUACAAUGGGCUCUCGAGAAAUUCUAUGAUGACCUCAUGAACGAGAUAUUGGAUUACCGUAUGGAGGAUCGUGUUGCUGGAGAAGUGCUUAGAGACUGGCUUAGCUUGGCAUUAAGUUGUGUGGCUUCACGUGGCAAUGAUCGCCCAAGCAUAGAAGUGGUUGGGGAGCGACUGUGGAAAAUAUGGAAAGAUCAUCGAAGAAACAUAGGAGAACAGCAUGAGUAUGAAGGAAGUUGGGAUGAGUUUGUCAAGCAAGAGGGAAUUCUGAGGCAUGAAAAAUCUGUGCUCAAGAAAAAUUGGGCCCCUUCAGCAACAGAGGAGGAAUGGUUUGGGUAUAUUAAGCAGAUUGAAUUGGUCCAAGAAGGUUGUUCUGUUACACAGGAUAAGGAACACCUUUUGCGUUCGCGAUCUGCUUCAUUAGGCGAUAGCAAUACUACAGUAUCUCCUCGGUAGAAAGUUUCAAUUUGAUUGUUUUCCUCAUUCUAUUUUUCUGUUGUGUGUAUGAGAUUUGAGAAGGUAACUAGGCGUACCCUCGUGCAUUACUGUGGUGAAUUAUAUGGGUAUUUGAUAUAAAUGAUUCGUAGUUUUCUAUAGUUGCUAA